AGAUAGAUUUUGCCAAGUGGGUGGAGGUAUAGUCAUUCUCAGCUGUGGAGUAUCAAUCUACACCCUUGGAGUUCUUGCUGUGAACCGCUACAUGUACAUUUGCAACAGAAAAAUGUAUGAAAAAUACUUUGAUAGUUUAGCUAAAUCAACGACUUUUGCAAUAACUGUAUGGAUAUAUAUCGCCAUCUUGAUAUUGCCUAACUACGUUGGAUGGGCCCAAAUGGCAUAUAUGGACAAACAACACCUUUGUGUAAUUGAUCACACAUACAAUGUCUUAUACACAAUACUUAAAGCAAGUGUUGGGAUUAGUCUACCAGUAAUUGUAACUUUCACAAGUUAUAUGAAAAUAUUUCUGGUGGUUCGCAAAAGUUCUAAAUCGGUUGGAAGUCACAAUGUCAGCUCAUCAACUGGUAAUGAUGCAAAUAAAAAAUCCAGACCUGACAGACAAUUUAAACAAAUUUUAGUUUUCUUUUUCGUCUCAAUAGUAUUUGUUAUAUUUUGGACACCCUAUGCAAUUUGCAUUCUGCUAGAUAUAAAUAAUAGUGUUCCAAUGUGGUUAAUGAGGCUGGCAACAAGGAUGGCAAAUGUGAACUCUUGCAUGAACUGUAUCAUUUAUGGAGUCAUGAACAAACAUUUCAGAAAUGCC